AUGUCGUCCUUUGGGUUCGCCGUUGUGCAGGAGGCUGAUUGCGACGUCAUCUUCUGCUCCUAUGUUCAAAGAUCAGUUCAUCAUAUACUCGAAAUACUCGGAAAGCGAAGAACGCCGUUUGAGGUUGGGUCGAAAAUAAUAUGGGAACCAUUUGAUUGGGAACGCAUUUCCUAUUCUGGGUCCAUUUUUGGGGUUGACGGGUUUGAUGAUACCCCACAAUUACCCCCGCAUUCCGCAGAACUGUUGUCGUUUUGGGGAGCCUACCGAGGAAUCGCGGGCCGGAUGAACCCCUCCAAUCUAAUGCCAAGGGAUGAGAAUAAAGAGAAUACCAAUAACAAGGUGGACGUCGCAGGAAGCCUGCAACGCGGUAUGCGCCUGAUUGGCUUUGAUUCCGUGAACUCGGCCGCAUAUUCUUGUUGUUCUCCGAACAAGGUACGGAAAGAGAAGGCGGUCGGUCGUGCGCUGGGCGUUUGGGUCGUAGCACCGCACCAAGGUUGCUGCCAAGGCCAUGACUCGGAUAAGGCCAAGGCUGGCGCCAUCCAUUACGUUACAGCUUCUCGCGACCGAGACGGAAAGCGGAAUCCAGGGCUUUUUCAUUACCAAAUGGAAGAGAGCCGUGUCGUGCUGCCGGGACAUCCGCCCUGCAUCGGCCGCUCUACUUUACGUUUCAAGCACGAGAACUCCUCGUCUCUUGGCACCUCCGUCAUACUCUUUACCACCACCUCAGUUCCCCCUCGUUUCUCGAGAUGCCACGCCACCGUCUUUGAGAACCACCCGAUUUCAUCCUAAUCAGGCCCCGCUCUGAAGUCCCAAAUGUCAUGCGAGAGACCCGACGAUAUCCCGCCUCCUCUCCUCUUCCCUUCCUCUGACGCUGGGAAGACCAGACUGACUACAUAUUCCAGGCUAUAGGGGGGCUGGCCUGGAUUUCACUUCCUGAAGACUGGUUGCGCUACAUAAUAUCGAAGUACUUUUAAGGUACAUACCAUUUGUUGCUGGUGUUAGUCUGCCAUCCAGUUCAGCCGCGCUCUAUACACGUAUGUACAGCGCGACCAGCGUCGUACAGGGUGUCCUCUGUGAACUUGCCGG